AUGGCCCCAAAUACAGAAAAGGAUGGCCAGCGGGCUGAGGACAAUGCGACUCCCGUAAGGGAGCUAUAUCCCAUGGUGAGCUGGAAGUAUGACCUGUUCCUGUACAUGAUGGGCAACUUGGUCGACCUGUUCUUCCGUGAGGUCGUGCCACGAGGAUCAUGGAGAGUCCCUCAAUCCGGUCCGGUACUAUUCGUCGCCGCACCACACGCGAAUCAGUUUGUCGAUGGGCUGGUGCUUCUGCGAACUCUUAAACAACAGGCCGGCCGUCGAGUGUCUCUUCUCAUUGCCCAGAAAUCAGUCCACGGCUUCAUCGGUUGGGCCUCUCGACAGGCCGGCGCUGUGCCCGUCGGUCGUGCGCAAGAUGCGACAAAGUCUGUCCCGGGUACCAUCUACCUCCCCGAUCCCAUCCACGAUCCCACACUUGUUCGUGGCGUUGGCACAAACUUUGGUACUGGCGACGGGCAGACCCACGGCAUGAUCUUCUUGCCGCCGGGGAAGAACACUGCCUCUGUGAGCAGCGAUAUUGCCCAGAUCCUGGGCCCUGAGCAAGUCAGACUCAAGAGACCAUUCAAGGGAAAGCUCGCCAUGCAGCAAUUGACCGGUCGUGACGACAUUGACGAGGACGGCAAGUUUACAAACAAGAGUGUAAAGGGCCCCGCACCAGGAUAUCAAGGCACAGCUUUCAAGGCGGCACCCAACAUUGACCAGACAAACGUUUACGAAGCCGUCUUUUCACGACUGAGACAUGGCGGCUGUGUGGGCAUUUUCCCUGAAGGCGGUAGUCACGACCGCACAGAGCUUCUCCCUCUCAAGGCUGGCGUCGCCAUUAUGGCGCUUGGCACGCUGGCCGAGGCGCCAAACUGCGGACUCAAGAUCGUCCCUGUGGGCAUGAAUUACUUCCACGCCCACAAGUUCAGAAGCAGAGCCGUUGUCGAGUUCGGCACACCUUUUGAGAUUCCUCCACAUUUGGUGGAACUCUACCGCAACAACCAGCGGAGAGAGGCCAUCGGUCAGGUAAUUGAUACUGUGUACCAGGCCCUGAGUGCCGUAACCGUGUCUGCGCCAGACUACGAUACACUCAUGGUCAUCCAAGCAGCUAGGAGACUGUAUAAUCCUACCGGAAGGAAGCUGCCUCUUCCAGUCGUUGUGGAACUCAACAGACGGCUUGCGAUGGGCUAUGAGCGCUACAAGAACGAUGCACGCAUCGCAUCUCUAUCAGCGUCGGUCAAGAACUACAAUUCGCAACUUCGCUAUCUCAGCCUCAAGGACCAUCAGGUCCAAUACGCGAAAAUGUCCAUCUUCAAAGUCCUGUUCCUCCUUGUGUACCGCUCGAUCAAGCUCUUGCUCCUGUUCUUCUGUACCGUUCCAGGCUUACUCCUAUUUGCCCCCGUCUUCGUAGCGACCAAGAUUAUCAGCAUCCAAAAGGCAAACACGGCACUGGCAGGCUCAACUGUCAAGGUCCGAGGCCGUGAUGUAAUGGCCACCUGGAAAAUCCUCGUGGCCAUGGGUCUGGCUCCUACCCUCUAUCACUUCUACUCCAUCAUAAUCGUAUUCAAGGUCUGGCAAGACAGGUUCUGGGGCUACGUUCCUACGUGGGUGCCUUUAUGGCUGGCAUACGUUGGCAUAUGGCCAGCCAUGAUUGGUCUCACCUUCGCGGCCUUGCGAUUCGGCGAGGUUGGCAUGGACAUUUUCAAGUCGCUCCGUCCCCUGAUCUUGUGUUUGGUGCCCAGUUCCGACUUCAACAUCCACACGCUGCGACUUCGACGGGCAGAGUUGAGCGCCCAGGUGACGGAUCUGAUCAACACCCUAGGCCCUGAAAUGUUUCCCGACUUUGACAGGACUCGCCUUGUGCCGGACGUAUCCAAGCUGGAGAGCGGCGGUGCCACUCCCGAGCGAGCCCACAAGCGCAAAGACAGCGACCAGUCCAACACGAGCGCCGACGCGGAAACGCCUCCAGUGCUUUCUCGCCGCAGCACGACGCAGUCUAGUCGCGCCCUCCCGCGGAACGACUCCUUCAGCAACAUUGGUGCCGUUGGCAUCUUCUCCACUCGCCCGCCAUCCCGAUCGAGAAGCAGGUCACGGCCCAGCAGUGCCGGAGGCGGCUUUGGCUCGGGCGGCUUUCCCAUCAGCGGCUUCACCACUCUGGAUUCUGCCGAGGGAUUCAACGAGGCCACCCGAAAGAUUCGACAGGCGAUGAAGGAUCGCAGGAGGAAGUCGGACAAGCUGCAUGCAGCCGAUGAUGACGAUGACGAGGAUAGCGAAGAGGAGGGAUACGAUGAAGCGAGGAAGAAGAAUAUUUAA